UUCAUAUCAUACGUGAUACAUGGCUUAAGGAUAUUUUCCAUAUAAAUGAAGGUUCAACGGGUAUUAAAAUCACUUCCAACCCAUAAUUUGACAAACUCUUAUCAAUAGCAGCAUCAUGGCAAUGAGUGUGAAAGCAAUUUUCAUUCUACUGAUCGGAUCAGUGGUGGCAUUUGGUGCUGGUCCAAUGGGAGGUCCAAUGGGUGGUCCCAUGGGUGGUCCAAUGGGUGGUCCCAUGGGGCCACCACCACCAGGUUCUUACCCACCUCCCCCAAUGGGUGGAAUGAGACCACCACCACCCCCAAAUUCUCCAUGUCCCUUUCAACCACCUCCAAACCCGAACUGUCGCAACACUGACACCGCUGCCAACAAGAAACUCGUCCUCGACUUCUACCAACAAGUCUUUGGAGAUCACAACUCGGCUAAUUUGGAGAAAUAUUUGAACGUCAACUUUAUCGAGCACAACCCCAACGAGUCCGAUGGAAUUGACGGAAUCCGAGCCUUGGUGGACGGCCCAUUAGCCGGCUCCCCCAAGACCAAGGUCGAUUUCAAGUUGGUCCUGGCCGAGAAAGAUCUCGUUGCAUUAAGAGUUCGUCUCGACUUUUUGGGAACUAUUUAUGCAACAGGAGACUUUUUUAGGAUUGGAUGCGACGGUAAAAUUGCCGAGCAUUGGGAUGCCAUGCAAAAUUCUACCGACAUUCCUCCAAACUCUCCAAAUCCACAUCCAUUCUGGUAGUUCGUCAUCAAAAUGUGAAUAGUAAUUGUGCCAAUAAAUCAUUCAAAAAUGCAUAAUACAUA